CACAUGCGCAUACUGGCUGACGCAUCGUUUGAGACUCGUUUUUUUGCGGAGAGCUCCAGCUCGCCCGUGGCGGAUUAAUUACUUUUACCGCAUUCAACAGUGUAUGUUCUAAACAUACAGGCUGCCGGGUUCUUCCUUAAAUAAUCGGGGCUGGAAUUCAAGCACACGAGUGGAGUCAUCACGACCCCCGAACGUGUCAUCGCGCCACCGCUGCGCAGACUUGGACACUUUUGCAGCGGUGCUGCAAACCGGAGGAGUGAGACAAACGCGCUGAAUUGGCGCAACUUUUUUUUUUUUUUGCGCAAUCGAAAAUUCGGGGGAGAUUUCUAAUCUGACAAUACGCACGGAUUGAUUUUGCGCUUUUUUUGGGGUGUUAUCGGCGGCUCAGCGGAGGAUAUCCCGUCUUUCUCUUUUAUUUUUGGAGGAGUGUGAUCCGCUUCCACUCGACGCGAGGCGAGACGCAGCCGAGAGAUGUGACGGGGGGGAAUGCGGGUGUUUUCCAGCCAAGCCUCAGCACCAGGGGAGAGCGGACAGCUCCCUCCGCUGCUGCGACGCGCCAGCCACAGAAGGAUUUCUUCCUUAAAUUUCCGCCAAGGUCAGUCGUUUCAUCUCUAAAGAAGAUGCGCGGGACUUUUUCCUCCCUCUUUUUAGCCCAAACGACCCUCCGAAGCUGCGAGGACGACUGCGAUGCGUUCUAAAGAGACCGCCUUUAUCCGAGCGCGACUGAUUUCAACAGCUCCUAUGUCUUGAAAACCGGGGAUGUCUCGUCCGCGUUGAAAAAUGCUGCUUUGGGUUGUCCUGCUGAACGCGGCUCUUUGUGUUGCCAGCGGGAACGUGACGAGAGACGUGUGUAAAGAGCAGAUAUGCUCGUGCACGGAGGUCGAGGGAGACGUGCAUAUCGGCUGCGAAAAACGGAGCUUCACCACGCUGCAGCACCUGACGGGGCCCAGCUCGCAUUUUUACCACUUGCUGCUGCACGGCAACUCUCUGUCCAGGCUCUUCCCCAACGAGUUCGCCAACUUUUACAACGCCGUCAGCUUGCAUCUGGAGAACAACGGGUUGCACGAUAUUGUGCCGGGCGCAUUUUUGGGGCUGCAGCUGGUGAAAAGACUGCACAUUAACAAUAAUAAGAUACGCUCUUUUAGGAAGAGUACGUUUCUAGGCUUGGAUGACUUGGAGUAUCUCCAAGCUGAUUUUAAUCUAUUGAGGGACAUUGACCCGGCCGUGUUCAGGGACCUUAAUAAACUUGAAGUGUUGAUACUUAACGACAACCUCAUCAGCGCUCUGCCCGUGAACGUGUUCCAACACGUGCCCAUUACGCAUCUCGACUUGAGAGGGAACAGAAUCAAGACGUUGCCUUAUGAAGGGAUUCUGGAGCAGAUCCCGGGCAUCGUGGAGGUUCUGCUGGAAGACAACCCGUGGGACUGUAACUGUGAUUUGGUUAGUCUGAAAGAAUGGUUGGAGAAUAUUCCGCCCAACGCGCUCAUCGGGAGGGUGGUCUGCGAGGCGCCCACCAGGCUGCAAGGCGGCGACCUGAACGAGACGUCGGAGGCCGAGCUGUGUCCUUCGCUCGGAGCAGACACCAGCUUGGCCGCCCCUCCCACGCAGGAUGAAAUGUCCGGUCCCGGUCCGACGCCUCACAAGCCCAGCGCGGACGCCGGCGGGCCUCCGACACCUGGUCACGGAGCCAAGAGCCGCUCCAAGUCCCGUGAGAAUUGGCAGCUGAAGACCAAACCCACACCGGGCGCCAACAAGGAGCCGCUCCCCAACGCCACCUGCCCGCAGCCAUGCAGCUGCAAGCUGGUCGGCUCCAGACAAGGCUUGGGGGUCAACUGCGAGGGCAAGAAGAUCGAGAGCUUGUCCAACUUGAAACCCAGGCCGCUGGGAGCCCACGAGCUGAACAUGCGAGACAACAACAUCCACGCGGUGAAGAAGAACCAGCUGCUCAGCUACGCCAGCCUCAACCUGCUCGAUCUCGGCGGGAACAACAUCAAAGUCAUCGACAACGGGACGUUCCAGAACCAGACUGAGCUGAGGUGGCUGUACAUGGAUAAGAAUUACCUGGAUACGCUCACCGCGGAGAUGUUCGCCGGCCUGCUCAACCUGGAAUACCUCAGUUUGGAAUAUAACGACAUCCAGCUGAUCGUUGCGGGCGCCUUCAGCCCCAUGCCCAACCUGAGGGUUCUCUUCCUCAACAACAACUUGCUCAAAUCCUUACCCGUGGAUGCGUUCCUUGGGAUUUCUUUAUCCAAAAUUAGCCUGCAUAAUAAUUACUUCUCCUAUCUCCCCGUUGCGGGCGUGCUGGACCAGCUCAACUCUAUCAUCCAGAUCGAUUUGCACGGGAAUCCAUGGGAUUGCUCCUGCAAUAUCGUUCCCUUCAAACAGUGGACCGAGAGACUCGGCGCCGACGUCAUCGUGAGCGAUCUCAAGUGCGAGUCGCCGGAAGAGUUCUGGAAACGCGACUUCCGCCACGUGCGGAACGACCUCAUGUGUUCCAGACUCUACGAACGGAUCCCUCCGCCCACCUCCUUGUCCAAAAACAGCACUUUCACGCUCGACUCGGGCACGCGCUCGAACUCUUACGUGGAGCCCAACCGGGUGUCCAUUUCGGUGCUGGUCCCCGGCUUGCUGCUGGUCUUCGUCACCUCGGCGUUCACCGUGGUGGGCAUGCUGGUCUUCAUAUUGCGCAACCGCAAGCGCUCCAAGCGGCGCGACGGCAACUCCUCGGCUUCCGAGAUCAACUCCCUGCAAACGGUUUGCGACUCGUCGUACUGGCACAGCGGGCACUACAACGCCGACGCGGGCGCGCACCGGGGGUUUGACUGUACCACGCACCUUUCCGCGACUAACGACGCGUAAAAAAGCAGGAGAACCGGACUGGAUUUACACAGACUGGUGCGCUUACGCAACCCGAACGACAUGUUUGACCCUACUGGCUGCACAGGGGCCCAAAACAUUGUAAAUUCUGUACAUGACAAUCCAUCCCUAUAACAGUAAUCCUGUGCUUUUAGCUGAAAUCAGAUCUGAAGGCGUAAACGACGUGCGCGCGAGGGGACGGUGCACGAGCGCAUGAAUGUACAUGUAAAUAGUCGGGCCGAUGUAUCAUAUGCAUGACGAUAUUCCUGCAUGGUUUCAACACACGCUCACAUAGCGCGCGGCUGAGGAACCAUGACCAACGUUUAGGAAGCCGACCCAACCUUCAUGCUCAUCAAUAUGACAACAACUACAGUGGAGCAAAUAAGUAUUUAGUCAACCACUAAUUGUGUAAGUUCUCCCACUUGAAAAUAUUAAAGAGGCCUGUAAUUGUCAACAUGGAUAAACCUCAACCACGAGAGACAGAUCGUGGGAAAAAAAAACAGAAAAUCACAUUGUUUGAUUUUUAAAGAAUUUAUUUGCAAAUCAUGGUGGGAAAUAAGUAUUUGGUCAAUACCAAAAGUUCAUCUAAAUACUUUGUUAUGUACCAAACGUUUUCUGUAACUCUUCACAAGCUUUUCACACACUGUUGCUAGUAUUUUGGCCCAUUC